AUGUCGGCGCCAUCGCCGACAGCAAAGCCUAGCGCGUGGACGGGCGGCAAGGCACAACCAGGGAAAGCUGGCGUGGCAACAUCGGGGGUAAGGGCAGGGGUCAGGAGCAGGGGCGAGGAGGCGACGGGCGCGGAGGUAAACGCCGUCCAGUCCGCAUCACCGGCGGUGGCGAUGACCGGCGAGACGUCCUUGGAGAGAGAUGGAGGCGUUGUCGGGGUCGGGGGUGCCGUCGAGGUCGUAUCCGCCGUCGGGGCGAAAGAGGCGGCGAGGGGCGUUCCUUUCGUGGAGCCGAUCUGUCGGGCAGACCCGUCGCGCUUCGUGCUGUUCCCCAUCAAGCACCCGGAACUGUGGGACAUGUACAAGAAGGCCAAGGCUAGCUUCUGGACUGUCGAGGAGGUCGACCUCAGCCAGGACUCUCGCGACUGGGAAGCGCUGACGGGCAACGAGCAGCACUUCAUCAGCAUGGUCUUGGCCUUCUUCGCCGCGAGCGAUGGGAUCGUCAUGGAGAACCUGGUGGAGAGGUUCAGCCAAGAGGUGCAGCUCCCCGAGGCCCGAUGUUUCUACGGCUUCCAGAUCGCAAUGGAGUCGAUACACCAGGAGAUGUACGCUCUGCUGCUGGACACGUACAUCAAGGACAAGCAGGAGAGAGAUCACCUCUUCAACGCCUACAACGACAUCCCUUGCGUCAAGCAGAAAGGUCGGUCGGUCGGGGACUCGCUGUUGAAUUUCGAACUUGACGACGGCACCGGCGUCUUCUUCUCGGGAAGCUUUUGCGCGAUCUUCUGGCUGAAGAAGCGUGGCCUCAUGCCCGGCCUGACAUUCUCUAACGAGAUGAUCUCGCGCGAUGAGGGGCUGCACUGCGACUUCGCCUGCCAGCUCUUCGCCUCCCUCGAGAACAAACCAAGCCGGGAGACGGUCAUGGCCAUUGUGAGCGAGGCUGUGGAGGUCGAGAAGAGCUUCAUCUGUGGGGCCCUUCCCUGCAGCCUAAUCGGCAUGAACGCGGGCGUGAUGUCGCAGUACAUCGAGUUCGUGGCAGACCGCCUGCUGGGGUCUCUCGGAUACGGCAAGAGCUACGGGACGCAAAACCCGUUCGACUGGAUGGACCUCAUCAGCCUGCAGGGGAAGACUAAUUUCUUCGAGAAGAGGGUGGGGGAGUACCAGAAGGCGGGAGUGAUGGGGGGUAGCGGGGGGCCCGGGGAGGACAGACGUAACUUUCGAUUGGACGCUGACUUUUAACUGGGGUGGGUUAUUUUCUAGCGCUCUCUCUCUCUCCCUCUUGCACAUACCAACUCGGUCAUGCGUUGUCUCUGCCGAAAGCAGCGCUUGUAUGCGCAGGUAGUUUAAUCGUAGUUGGCUGUGGCGUUUGGCGAGCCGUUUUUAACGAUCCAUCCGUCUGCCACGGCUAUUUAGCUAGGAGAACGGCGCUCUUGUGAUGCUGUACAUGUAGGGUUUUCGGGAUGAUGGUGGGUGAAGGUUACAACGAAAAACCUUCUCGUUCGUUUUUGUCUUUUUUAAACUCGUUUUUUUUACUUUUCAACUUUUUUUUUGCGGGGGAGGGGGGUUGUUACGAGGCUGCAGGGUAUAGGACAAUUGCGUGAAAUUGUCAAGUUGACCUGCGGCUUUUCCGUUGGUUCCGCGGGUCUUCUGUUCGGAGGAGGAGGAGAAGGAGAGAUUCAAUGUUUUACAGACGACUUGGCACUGGUGGUACCACCCCAACCCGACCAUUGGUCUUAUCCCUGACUAGUUUUUUUUUUUUCAUUUUGUAGCCUCGGUCCGGGAGUCGGUCGUGCUUCUUUGAAGCCACAUGUCGAAGGGGGUGUCAUAUGGCAGAGGGUGUAGAUGUUGUCAUGGUAGCAGUCGUGGUGAGGCGCUUCCUAUCCGCCCUCUUUUGCCGGUUGUUUUUUAUGUGCGACGUAACCACACCGAAUGCCGAUCUUUGCUACACGUGAAUAGGCGUUGUCCAUGAUGGUGCCCUCACCAGGUCCCAUCCCACCCUGUAGAUGCACACUAUUGUGCAACAGCUGUUCGUUUUUACGUACGAGAUUCUACGGGAUCUCCGAACGACAGGAACGGGGCGGUAAGAUCAAGAUUCACGCCCUCGAAGUAUCGUACCGGGUUUUGUAUUCCCUUUUUCUCUUGUGAACUCGUGUUUCCGAUAUCCGUGUUUCUUGUUUCCCAUGGUAUGUAUCAGUUAACCCAGACAGGCUCAUGCUACAAUGAUGCCGUAGUUUAGCAAAAUUCGGCGAUGACAAGACAUACGCGGUGUGUGGUUGUGCGUUGCCUCUUUUCGAAGACCAACAAAAAAAAAAAAACUCCCUGGAAGGGUGGCUUACUGUGAUACUAAUUUUAUUGUUGGCCAAUCACCGCUCUGGGGGGGGGGACAUGCGGGCAGCUUGUGUCUCACCCCGAGGUCAAGGCUGGGGUUUCACCAGUGAUCUAUGUGAUGGCGUUCUUGCGGGGGGGUCCUGGGUUCCAGACCAACGGAUAAAAUCAUCUCACGCGAGACGCCGGCUCUCGCCGAAAACGCCGGACGGGAGUCAUGAUGUUUUCUACGAAUAGCAAGGGUUAAAACUGACUGAUGUCACGUUGAUUCACGGUAACAAGCGGUGCUGGUUGGAUGGGAUUGGAGCUUCGGAAAAGAAAAAGGGUGUCUGUCGUGAAUGUGAGGGUGGAUGUUAGGUGUACAAGGAGGUGGGGUUCCGUGAAAUUCAUUGCUCUUUUGUUGAGGGGUACGUGUGAACAAUGCAGCAACGGGAGGCCAUUAAGCAUUCACUCGCUCUUCUUCACGGGCGAAUGCUGAGUGUGUCAAGUUUUGACGAAAAGAAGCAAUAAAAAUGAUGUUCAAACUGCGAAGAACUCCAAGAGAAGGUGAAGAGAUGACAUGGCAAUGUUGUGUUGUUGGGGCAGCCAUUGACGUCAUCAGACAAUAAACACCCGUUCAACAUGUGGAUGAAUGCUGUGAUGUCGCUUGUUGGGCAACGCGUUGCCGUCACCAAUCCGCAUCUCUCCGGUGGGCAACCAAGAUCAAAGAUAGAGACACGUGCGGGUUUGCCACCUCCAAGCAGUGGCGUUUGGCCAGCAAGUCUGGCAAUCGCGCAACCCCCAGAUACCAGUCGUUUGUGAGGUGGUCCACCAGCGCCAGGACACAACCACUUUACGUUCAUCUCCACCGGAAACAUAUUGCAGCCAGCCGUCGUCGUGAAAAAAGAGGAAGGCCGUCAGAAAGGGCUCAGGCACACUACCACACCACCUCUGGCUGCAAAGGCAAAAUUUUCUGGGACUUGGCGAAAAUGAAGCAAUGGGCUACUGUUGAUAGAGUGGGAGGAAAGUGGCCCGCAAUUAAUUGAUUGGCCAAACUAUAUAAAGGAACGUUCCAAAGAAAGGCGAAAAUUCCGUGGUCGACCGAUGACGUCAUCCACGGUCACGAGAUUCAAAAUUUUCAAAUUUUCAAAUGUGCCGUCGAUGACUGACUGAUGACCUCACACGGCAGCCAAGAGGUAUCAGCCAUCAUCAUACACAGGUUUCCCACCACAUACAUACCUGAUGAUGGCGACCUCACAUGCAUCAUCAUGCCCUCACGGGUCCUUUUUUGAAGAUUGGCCCCGAGUAGUGUCGGAGUUUCAUGAGCUCUGCACCCUACAUGUACAAUGUACAAGAAGCAGCAGCAGCAGUAACGCCACAACCACACCACACCGCAUCAAGCAGCGAUUGUGGCGGUGCAAGGAAUACCUAGUACGAUUGACAAUGGAUCAUUUAAUCCUCUUCAUGUGAUCGAGUCGCACCCACACGACGACAGAUCGAUGUCGCCAACAUAUUCCACUUCAGUUCUGACUGACUGGGAUUGUGCCCUCGGGGGAAAAGCCGAGAAAGGAGAAGUUGGUAUUGAUUGGCACACGCCAACACGAAGAUGGAAUGGUCGUAUUCGACUCCUGCUGCUGUUACACCACAGUAUUCCAUCUUCAAUCACGAGUGGUACUACGAACGAUGUAGCCCACACGCAGAGACGCACAUAGAUGAGAUGAGAGCGAGUCAAAAGGUACAGCAGUAGGCUGAAAGGCCGAACCAAAACUUGUACCUUAUGCUGGAACCUGCUCAGCUGCUGUGCCCCCUUGUCGAUUUCAAUUGCGAGUUGGCUCACUCACGACGAACAUGGCCGAACGCACAUCCACGCAUCCUCAUCUGAGGAACCCAGGAAGACGAGGGAAUCAAGACAGCGGGCGGCUCUGGAGAAGACCGCAAAGGGUACGCCUACACUGAACACGUUCUUCGAGCAACCGUUUGGCGUCCCCGACGUCGGUGAACAUGCACGUGCCGAGGGCACCCAAACACCACCAAGCGCCGGCAACACGUUUCAUGAGUGGAAUCAAUGGGACAGCAGUGACGCACGGGGCGGACCUGUCGCCGCCGAAGGAACGAGGAGGUAUCUGUCGGCUGCGUCGUCGUCACUCUUCGUCGGGGACGUGUUGAAGGCCGGCGACAAAGGGGAUGACGAUGUGCCGACGCCUGAGAGGUCGCGAGGGAAGGGCAAAGCCCGAGCGGCCAACGAUCAACCGGGCAAGUGGGUGCGGCCCGCACAACACCCCGACGUCCGGGCUUCGAUGGAAGAAACCAAGGAGGAAGGAAUUCAGUAUUAUUCUGAUUAAUAAUUAGAGAAGAUUUCCCGAUUAAUCUUCUAGAACGUCUCACAGUGAUUUUAGUUUUGUGCGAAACGGUUUCGAGUGCGGUCACCUUGCCCCCCUCCCCUUCCCCAUCACUCGCUUCCCGCAUUCCAUUUGGUGCUCUCCAAGCAAAAAUGGCGUGUCCUUUCGAGUAAUGUAUGUCGUUUCUGCCGUACCCGCGUAACUUUGUCCAUACAACCAUGGAAGCACCCAACAACCAAAACCUAUCUUGUUGUUCUUUCAUUCUCUGCACCCGUUCCAUUCCGACCCGCCCCCGCCUUUCAUGAUACGAAAGUUCACCCGACGCAACCGCGGCAUCCCGCUCCCUUGUGCAUUUGAUAUAUGUCGAUAUGAUAGCGUGCAAUGGACCCUGUGAAUGCAAUGCAUAUGUUGUUGUUUGUUGCUGUUCCUUUUAUAUCUUUUUGUCGUUUUCCCGACAUCAGCCCAUCGUUGUUUCGACACGGCCGUGGACGCCCAGGCCGAACUGGAGCCGUUACAUGGGAAAAUGGAACAGACAACAAUUCGGUUGGUGCGGGACCGAAUGAGAACAAGGCCGUGGCGAAACGGAGGGACAUCCCCGUCGAUGCGGGUGACGAGGGGGGGGGGAGACGGGCAACAAGCGCGCUGUCAAGACACUCACCGAACGCGGUCUUUGUCUGGAGUACUCCGCCCUGGGCCUGGUCGCCAACCGCCAGACCGCGAUCGACCUAGACACAGGCGCCAUCAAGGUGGACCCUUCGCUUUGGUGUGAAAAACCGAAGCUCGGGGAGCGGGGGCUCACUAAGCGAGAGAGAGAGUGGAAACUGAACGAGAGCGGGAGCAUGAUUCUCGGGGAACACAUUAGAAACGGCACGGUCGAGCACCCCGGUUGCCAAGUCGGGGGUACGGUCCCAGUGGUCUGGGACAGGGUGGGCGGGAGGUGACUUGUGCCGAAGUGGGCUCUGCCGUACGUCAAGGCGGGCAAUGUGACUCGGAGGGGAACCAACAGCAGACAACACAAUGGUGCCAACCAGAGGUACAGCGCCAAGAGGGCGGGGUGGAAGUAACAGGACUGGUUAUCGCUUCCGCCGUGUAUAUACCAUUCGUACAGGGGAGAAAUUCUUAGAAGGUCGGCACACGGCCGAUAUUGGAUGGAUCGGUGGCCAGCUUGCCUUUUGCACCCCCCUUUCGAUUCACCGAUACUUUGAUCCGGUCAUCCACCCCCAAGUUGAACUAGCAGACUACCGUGUACAAUUGAUUGGUGCCGAUACCAAAUAGAAAAAGAAACACUUGGUUGUCGGUGUUGCCUUUGAAUCGCACACCGCGUCAUUUUUGUCACAAACGUGGGGUGGACAGAGAGAGAGAUAGGGGGGGAGGGAGAGAGUUUCCCGUGGUCAAGUUUUCGACAUAUAUUAAUGUAUAAUGUAUGGUCCAUCCAAGACAAUU